CUCUUUACCUUGGAGUUUGACUUGUAUUUUAGAAACUUUAACCUUCGCCAAAGCUGCCAAACGGGAACAUCAGUGUUACAAACACGUAUUGUUUCCUGUGAUAAUGUUCUAUUACAGUUUACAUUUUAUUUUGAACUGAGUUUUUCACCCGUCACAUUAAAAGAAAAGUUUAAUGCACAAAUAUGUAGUCUAAAUAAGAAAAAUCACAAAAAUGUACAUGAAGUAAACAUUCACAAUAUAUUGAAUUUAUUGAAUAAACGCAAGCCUUUAUCAGCUAGAUCCCUGUACAUGUUUCAUGUGAAUCUGGAAAACUUAUCAUGUACCGACAUCACUGUUGGUGUUAUCAGGACCGUCCUGUGCAUACCGAGAGCCGCGUGAUUACUACUGCGUUAUAAUAUGGACGGUCAAUAGAAGCUUCCGUGUUACUAAAACAGAAGAUGAUUCAAAUGGAUUUUAACAACAUUGAAAACAUUUGAUUUAUUUAUCGGCAUCAAUAAUUCAAUGGUAUAUAUAAUGUUUUUGAUGGACACGUAACUUGGUCAUUUCAAUGUUUAAAGCCACGGCUGGAUGUGUGUAUAUGGGUGUCUCGGCGUCAAACUCUGGAGACCGUGAUAAACAAUUGGUACCAAAAGUCAAAAUUGCUCUAGUAGGUACUUAUGCUGUUGGAAAAACAUCCAUAAUAACGAGAUACAUCCGGGAAACGUUUUCUUCUGAGUACAUAUACACGAGAGGGGGAAAUAUACACAAGAAAUUCAUAACAGUUUAUGGACAGAAACUCCAGAUAGAGCUAAUAGAUACUGGUGGACAGGAUUAUCAAAAAGAAAUAGCACCGACUUUGUAUAAAGUAGCACAAGGAGUCUUAAUUGUACACGACAUAUCGAAACCCAGCAGUUUUGAGGAUGUGGAGGAAUGGUUAACAAGUAUUCGCCAGAAAACUCUUGGAGACCCGGUGAUAAUGUUAAUUGGUAAUAAAAACGACUUAGAUCCGCUUGGGAAAACUGAUGAUCCUCCCGCAACAAACAAGAAUCUCACCACCGGACUUGCUCGAGUUUCUUAUGAACAAUGUGAAGAGAAGGUACACCAGGAGGGGUUACUUCCCUUUUACAGUGAGGUCAGUGCCAAGACCGGUAUGAACAUAGACCCCGUGUUUGAGCUCCUGGUUAAAGAAAUUCUCCAUAAACAAAAUCGCCUUCUGGGCACUAUCUGGGAGCCAGACCUCGGAAAGGUUGACGAUGGAAGAUCUGCUGCAGAAAAACCUACCUCCAAAUCUUUGACCUGCACGAUCUUAUAGCAGUGAUUUACAAUGAAAUGAACAUUGUCGUAAAACUUACAGCAACAAUAAUAUUAAUGUGGUGAAAAAGAAACAACUGUAAACUCUUCAACUUGGCAUCACUGAAAGGAUUUUCAUUAUUCAACUUGUUGGAAUAUUCAGAUAUGGUUACGGUGCAUAAUUAAACAAUUAUUUACCAACAUUAUCCAUAUCACAAAAUGUCCAGAAAUUAAGGGACCCAGUGGCGAAUUGGGAAUUUGUUCUAUGGAGAUUCACAUCGACUCUAAGACAUGCCAGACUUUGAUUUUUUUUUAGGUUAGGUAGAAGAAGACAUAUUUCUUAGUGGAUUUUAUUCCGAAGGAUGACUUUCCUCCUCCCCCUUCCCUAAGAUCCGCCCAUGUGUUCUUUAAUGACAAUAACUAAAGUAUUCCUGGUAAUGCAUGUGCUGUGUACUAGUAACGUGUUAUUCAUAUACUGAACUUCUGUUUUC